AUGGACCGGGAGGACGAUGAGGCUGCGUCCGUCGAGAUGCUGGAAGAAGCGCAGGCGGAGUUGGCGCUUCAGAUCCGCAACGAGAAGCACCUGAAGCAGGUUGGCGUGGCAGUUCGUCGGCCUCGCGCUCGCACGUCUUGUGUGAAGGGUCAAGCCGACGAAGACACUAAGCAAUGGGAGCUGCUGCUCUUCUCCUUCUCGGACUCGAGUGAGCUGGCCAACCUCGAGUCGCUGCUAGUGCAACUAGCGCCCUCCACAUGCUAUCUAUCGGCGGAACUGGAGCAGUCACAGGGCGUGGGUGACAGCAAGAAGUUGCAUGCGCUUCUGCAGACUCACGAAGUGGCUGCUGUCUACAUGAAGAAGCAGCUGUUCUACGACGUGAGCGGUGUCGAGACCAACGUCGCUCGGCUACUUGGAGCCAGUACAAUGGCCGAGUAUAAGGAUGUACUGGCGUCCAAGAUCACAGCAGGCUCGCUGGCUUGUUUGAUCGAGGCUCUGGGCGUCAUGACUGACGCCCAGUCCUUCGGCUGCUACACACUGAAAGAGGGGAACCUCUCGUCUGCCAUGCAACUGGACAGCGCUGCUGUCUGGUCGCUCAACUUGCUGCCAGAGCCAAGCUCCACGACAACUGGAGUGGUAAGCUUCGGAGGUAGCGUUCUGGAGAUUCUGAAUCGAGGCAAGACACCCAUGGGGCGUCGCUUGCUAGAGCGCUGGAUCCGACAGCCGCUACUGGAUGUCAAACAGAUCGAGACUCGACAGAGCCUUGUGCAGCUCUUCGUGGACGACUCGUCCUUGAGGAUGGAACUGUUGGACGAAUGCAUGAAAGCUCUACCGGAUUUGGGACGACUGGCGAUCAGUCUCGAAAGGAAGAAACAUGCCAAAAUUACAGACCUAGUGAGUGUGUACGAUGCGGCGGUUGGUGCCAUGCCGCGUGUGCUGAAGCUUCUAAAGGCAACAGAGGCUGGUGGAGAUAACGACUUGGCUACACUUGUUAAGGAGAAGUUUGCUACUCCGUUGGAAAAAGUGCUUGCCGACCUGGAAGGGUACACGGACCUCGUGAAGGAGGUCGUCGACUUAGAUAGUCGCCCAACUCUUGUGGUGAACGCUAAGCACGAUGAGAAUCUCCAGGCGUUGCGAGACGAAUGGGACGGCAUCCUUGCGGAUAUUGAAGAGGAGCACCGCAAUGCUCUUGAUACGAUUGGUGGAGAUAUCAAGUGUGAGAAGGACAAGGUUCGUGGCUUUGCUUUCCGCGUCGUCAACAAGAAGGAAGAAGCUCGCCUAUCCAAACUGUCCUAUGUCCACAUCUGUCAAGUACUCGUGAGCGGCGUCCAAUUUACGACUACCAAGUUGAAGGCCCUUGCUACGGACUAUCACCGUGUGCGCGGUGAAUACGAAGAACGACAAUCUCACUUACUUAGUGCAGCGAUCGAUGUGGCCAGCACAUACGUACCUGUUCUCGAAGCCGCAACUGCUACACUAGCAGAAUUAGACGUGCUACUUGGGUUCGCCCACGCUGCAUGCCACGCUGGUUCAGGCUACUGCCGCCCUACACUGGAACAGGACGGUGAGUGUAUUGUAUUGACUAGUGCACGACACCCGUGUGUGGAACUUCAGGACGGUGUCGACUUCAUACCAAACGACUACAACUUCGUGCGCGAAAGAUCACGUUUCCAACUCGUGACCGGACCAAAUAUGGGUGGCAAGAGUACCUACAUUCGCCAACUGGGCACAAUUGCAGUGAUGGCACAAAUUGGUAGCUUCGUUCCAGCUGAGGUUGCUCGACUGCCUGUGUUCGACAAGCUGCUAGUACGCGUUGGUGCUGGUGACCUGCAGCAGCGAGGCGUAUCAACGUUCAUGCUAGAAAUGCUAGAAGCGUCUGCAAUUCUGCACAAGGCCACAGAGCGUUCACUUGUGAUUAUUGACGAAUUAGGUCGAGGCACAUCCACCUAUGAUGGCUUUGGAUUGGCGUGGGCGAUUUCUGAGUAUCUACUCACCAAGGCACGCUCCAUGUGUCUCUUUGCAACACACUUCCACGAGUUGACGGCGUUGAAGCUGGAGCACCCUCACGGUUUCGCUAACAAGCACGUUACUGCCGUUGCCAGCGACCGGGAGAUUACUAUGGUAUACCAGGUGCGAGACGGGCCGUGUAUGCAAAGUUUUGGUGUACACGUGGCCUCAAUGGCAGGAUUUCCGAAGUCAGUCAUAGAGUGCGCCCGACUCAAAAGCCAGGAGCUUGAGGGAUUCGAGCGCGCUGUGGGUAGUCAAGAAACCACUGGAGCCAAAAGAUCUGCUGCGGAUGCGCUGCUCACCGAUAGCGAAUCCCCUUCGAAGGUAUUUGUAUCGGAGAAGGGGUUCCUCACUGCAUUUGCAGCUCUGCCUCUCGACAAAAUGGAACCUGCUGAGGCAUUUGCUGCUGUUCGUAAGCUUGCCCCACAACAGGACCAUAAUUAA